AGGAGGUUGGUCGUCCCUGUCACCGGCUUAGCUUUUGGAGCUGCCGUCGCCAUGUUUUCGGUCGCCGUUCGCUCGGGCCCUUUUGCGCCCGUCCUGUCGGCCACGUCCCGCGGCGUGGCGGGCGCGCUGCGGCCCCUGGUGCAGGCCGCGGUGCCCGCCACUUCGGAGUCGCCAGUACUGGAUGUGAAGCGGUCCUUUCUGUGCCGGGAGUCGCUGAGUGGCCAGGCCGCGGCCCGGCCUUUGGUCGCUUCCGUGGGCCUCAAUGUCCCUGCUUCUGUUCGUUAUUCCCAUACGGACAUCAAAGUGCCUGACUUCUCUGACUAUCGUCGUGCUGAAGUGUUAGAUAGUACAAAGUCUUCAAAAGAGAGCAGUGAGGCUAGAAGAGGUUUCUCCUAUUUGAUAACUGCAACAACUACUGUGGGUGUUGCGUAUGCUGCCAAGAAUGUCAUCUCUCAGUUUGUUUCCAGCAUGAGUGCUUCUGCUGAUGUGUUGGCCAUGUCGAAAAUCGAAAUCAAGUUAUCCGAUAUUCCAGAGGGCAAGAACAUGGCUUUCAAAUGGAGAGGCAAACCCCUGUUUGUGCGCCAUAGAACCAAGAAGGAAAUUGACCAGGAAUCUGCAGUUGAAGUGUCCCAGUUGAGGGACCCACAGCAUGAUUUAGAACGAGUAAAGAAACCUGAAUGGGUUAUCUUGAUAGGUGUUUGCACUCAUCUUGGUUGUGUACCCAUUGCAAAUGCAGGAGAUUUUGGUGGUUAUUACUGCCCUUGCCAUGGGUCACACUAUGAUGCAUCUGGCAGGAUCAGGAAGGGGCCUGCACCUCUCAACCUAGAAGUUCCCUCAUAUGAGUUCACCAGUGAUGAUAUAGUAGUUGUUGGCUAGAGACCAGGACUCACGUUAUAGGCUUCUUUCAGUCUUCGUGUCACCUCAGAAGAGUUAUUUGAAAACAAGCCUUCUGUACUUCGAAUUAGUUGGUUUGAAAUAGUUAAGAAUUGCUAAUGAUGUGUUUGCAAACAUGUGAAGUAAAUUGAAUUUAAUGUUGAAUACUUUCAAGCAUUCACCUAAUAAAGCCACUGUUAAACAUUGUUAUGCUCAAAGACUUCAAAGGUGCAGUGUCUUUGAUAGUUGAUUCUAAUUAAAAAUUACAGACCGGUGUACAAGA